AUGGAAUUAAAUCAACCAGCUGUGUAAAAAAUAUCCAAAUUUUAAUUAGCUAAAGAUAUUAUGAAAAUUGCUAUUCCUGGCAUGAUUGCGUCUAUGUCAUUCGGAUUAGUUGAAGCUAUGAAUCUUAUGUUUAUGGGGUAGUUUGGAGAUCCAACUCUUGUUGCAGGAGUCGGUCUAGGGAAUGUAUAUAUAAUGAUUUUUGGUAUACUAACGAUAUGUGGACUUAAUGCCAUUCUUAGUACUCUUAUAACAAAUAUUUUAUUAAUGGCUAUAUUCAUCAGUUUAGAAAAAGACCUUAAAGAAGCAUUUUUUUGGCCGAACAGAUAAUCAUUUAAUGGACUUUGGGAAUAUGUUAAAUUAGCAUUACCUUCAAUGUUACUCUGGAGUAUUUUUUCAUGGGCUUACUAGAUUUAGACAAUUAUAAUUAGUACUGUUUCGAAUGAUUUGGCCGCAGCUCAAUCUAUUAUUCAUAAUAUGAUAUUUCUACUUUACAUGAUGACAGUAGGUCUAACUAUCUCAUCUUCUGCCCUUAUAGGAAAAUCCAUUGGUUCAAACAACAUUCCUUAAGGUAAAGAUGUCUUAAGAGUUUUGAGCAUGAUUGGAGUUUCAUUGGGUAUAAUAUAAUGGUUUACAAUAUAAUAUUUCGGCAAAUAUUUAACUUCAGUGUUCACUAAUGAUGAGAAUAUUCAAUAAAUUAUUGGAAAUGUAACUUACUUGAUUUCUUUGAAUACAUUUUUUGGUUGUACUAGUGGAUGGCUAGUGGGAGUGAUUAGAGGUUUAGGUAUUUUGAAAUAAGCUACAGCAGGUAUAUUCGUAUUUUUCUAUAUAAUAGGCCUGCCACUUUAAUGCUAUUUACUCUUUUGUCUUGAACUUGGUAUUACAGCUAUUUGGGGAGGUAUUUUAGUUUCAUAAAUACUUUGCACCAUUUAUUACAUCUUCCUAAUAUUUUUCCUCUCAGAUUGGAAUCAAAUAGCCAGCGAGUCUAUACAAAGAUCUGAAAAUGAGAAGCUGUAGAAACAGAAAAAUGAUAUAGCGAAUGAUGAUAAAUAGAAUUAGAUUAAUGACAUGCUAAUACCUGCUAAAUUAAUUAACUCCUGA